UAAGAUGUUUGCCUAGUCGCUUACACAUUCUAACAAACACACCAUUACAGACACACACAAAAACACUGAGACUCAGCAUGGCAGUGGAGAAAACACUCUCAGUUCCAGUGAGCGGAGGGUGAGCGCGGGUGUGAGGCAGCAGCUCUGCGCGGCGGGGCUGAACUCAGGACUUUAUUCGACACUUUGUGGAGCUCAGGGAGCUCCGGGGACUGAGCGCGGCGGCUCUGCGGGAGGACACGGGCUCUGUUCGGCUGCGUCUCCAUUCAUUACCGUUACUGAGAACACGCUGAGCAUGUGAGACACUGAGAGCGGAGAUUUAACUCUGAAAAACAGGACUCUGCGGGAUUUGAGCUGCUUUUCGGAGCUGAACAGAGGAGUCGUAGGUUGGAGAAGAAAGCUGAGAGUGAACUGCGCAGAUAGAGAUAGAGAGAGACCACACUGCUUCCUCUCUUCUACUAAACUUCUGUCUGAGUAACUAACUGGUCGGAUCCCUCAUGUCUCUGGAUCACCUCAAACACUCCGCUAUUCUCUCCACUCUCUUUAAAAUGGCUGAUGACAGUGAGUUGCUGGGAGCCUCGGAGUUUAUGAAAGAUCGACUCUAUUUUGCCACAUUAAGGAGCAAACCCAAAAGCACAGCAAACACACACUAUUUCUGCACGGAUGAUGAGUUUGUGUAUGAAAACUUUUAUGCAGACUUCGGGCCUCUCAACCUUGCUAUGCUGUAUCGAUACUGCUGUAAACUCAACAAGAAGCUGAAGCUGGCCAGGUGUAGUUACCUCAUGUGUUCAUGUUUGGGAAUGUUGAAGUCUUUCACACUGACCAGAAAGAGGAUUGUGCACUACACCAGCUUUGACCAGCGCAAGAGGGCUAAUGCUGCUGUCCUAAUCGGUGCCUAUGCUGUGAUCUACCUAAAGAAGACGCCGGAGGAGGCUUACAGAGCGCUGAUCUCCGGCUCCAAUGCUUCAUACCUGCCCUUCAGGGACGCGUCUUUCGGAAAUUGCAUGUACAACCUGACCAUUCUUGACUGUCUGCAGGGAAUCAGAAAGGCCCAGCAGCAUGGCUUCCUGAACUUUGAGACGUUUGAUGUGACUGAGUACGAGCACUAUGAGCGUGUGGAAAACGGAGACUUUAACUGGAUCGUCCCUGGAAAGUUCCUGGCGUUCAGCGGACCACACCCAAAGAGUAAAGUAGAAAACGGCUACCCUCUCCACGCCCCUGAGGCUUAUUUCCCCUACUUUCGCAAGCACAAUGUCACCACCAUCAUCCGCCUCAAUAAGAAGAUCUACGAUGCCAAGCGCUUCACGGACGCCGGCUUCGACCAUUACGACCUUUUCUUUGUGGACGGCAGCACGCCGAGUGACGUCAUCACGCGCCGCUUUCUGCAUAUCUGCGAGAGCACUGACGGUGCUGUGGCUGUCCACUGCAAGGCGGGUUUGGGCCGGACGGGCACUCUGAUUGGCUGCUACUUGAUGAAGCACUACCGGUUCACUGCGGCUGAAGCCAUCGCAUGGAUCCGUGUCUGCAGACCAGGUUCCAUUAUCGGCCCUCAGCAGCACUUUUUAGAAGAGAAGCAGGUGAGUCUCUGGGCUCAGGGUGAAGUGUGUCGCGCUCAGCAGCAGAAGCUGCGUGUGUAUGAAGAGCGCAGCGUGGGAGUUCCCCACCUCAUCUCCAGCAUGGACGACCUGACCAUCAGCACCAGCAUCCUCAAAACCAGCAGCCUGGACCGGGUUGAGGAGAAUAACGACUACAGUGAGAACGGCCUGGCCAUGACUCAAGGAGACAAACUGCGUGCCUUAAAGGUCCGGAGACAGCCCAGGUCAGCAACCACGGGAGCUCUAAGACUUGAAGACAUGAAAGCGCACACCAGAUCCCCAUCACAGCCUUUCAGCAGACUGAGUUCAGCCGCCAGCCCCCAGGGGACUGUUUCACCCCUCAAAUCCUCUAAAGUGUCGUCCUCUUCUUCUUCAGCCUCUGCCAAGAGAAUCGGCCGAGCUUCCUCUUCCUCGUCCAACCUCAAAAACUCCUCUCUAAACUCCAGAUUAGCCACCUCCCUGGGCAACCUGUACGAGAGCGAUGGAGACCGUAGCAGCCCUGGGAGACAGCCUCCGGCCCACUCCUCCUCAUCAUCCUCCUCUACAGUCUCGUUCUCACCCUCCCUGUCCUCCUCCCCCACCCCUCGCGUGGCCUUCAGCAGCCCCUCCACACUGGCUGCUCUCAAUUACCACUACGAGGUCAACAACAACCAGUACAACUCCAUCUCCAAGGGUCCGAACGCCAACGGGCUCAGCCCCGGCAAAAGCUCAUCGUUCAGCAACAAGAACCAGAACCACAACCACGGCGGCACAGCGGGGGCUUCAUCCACCGCAGGCAGGUUCGGGAUGGAGGAACCGGCUCAUAGUCAAGGCACCGCAGGCCUGAUCCGGCCCUCAGCCCGCUACCUCAGCCGCUCCAUUCCCUCCCUUCAGUCGGAGUUUGUUCAGUACUAAAAAAGCGUUGACCUUGCGCUGAUCCUGGACCUGCAGCAUUGACGACCGCCGGCCCUCCAUCCCACAAAGCCAGCCCACUGUAGUCUUUCGUUUUUUUUUUGUUUUUUUUUUUCUCUUCCUUUCUCUCUUUCAGCCUGCGCUCACCUUCUGACCUGCUGUGAGAGUACAAAUACAAAGGGAAGCGGAUGAAGCCGGAAGAGCUUCCGGAAGAAAGACUCUUCUGUCGGAGCGCAGGCUGCUUUUAUCUGUAGGCGUCUUGGCUUGAGGCAACCUCUGGAGAGGCCUUGGGUCAUAAUGAACUUUUCCUAUAUAUAUUUUUUUUAUUUUCUAUUAUUUUGCAUUGUUUUUGACUUGGAUGGAGCUAAGCCUGGUUAUUUCCUUGUUGGUCAUCUUCUAAAACACCCUCAGCUCUGGAAACCAGCCUCACCAGACUCUUCUUCAGUGCUCCUCUUCACUUUUCUAUCUUCUAUCAGCUUUAGCUUGUUUCUUUAUUUCCUCUCACCCUGAUCUCACCCUGUUUUGAAGUACAGUAGAUGUGGUCUAUCUAUAUACAUGAACAUGAACACACACAUAUAUAAAUAUAUAUAGUUGUACUAAAGAGAGAAAUUAUUUUUAGACAACGAAUGACGAUGUUUUUUACUAUUUACUGUAUUGACUAUAUAUAUAUUUGUUCAUACUGUUUUAUCUAAGAUCCAUAUCUUAUGCUUGAUGAUCAAGGUUUUGAUGAAGUAUGUAUAAUGUGUACAAUGUGUAAUAAUUUUGAAAUUCUGAGGUAACAAACGUUUAUUUUGUUACGAUCUCCAGAGUCUACUUUCUACUUUAACAUAUCAAUCCUGAUAUUGUUCUUUAUUACACAGUAUGAGGGCUAAACUGAGAGCUGCAAAUGUAAUAAUAACUUACUUACCUUAAGUUAAUUAGCUCGUUUUCGCUUAAUGAUAAUUAAUAAUAAUUAUAUCUGUUGCGUAAUUUGAAUGAUGUAACAUUUAAAUGUUUUUUUCAGCUGGAGCUGUCUGCAGAGACUUGUGCAGACUUGUUUGUGUAGAUUGUAAAGUUGCAGUGUGGCUGCGGGGAGGAAAGUAAUGGCAUAUGUAGAAGCCUGCUGAGCUCGCUGCCAUCUGCGAAGGAGAACGCACAGCAUGACCCCCCCCGCUGUAGCUGCGUUCUGCGUGGGAGAAUUAGGUUUGUAUGAAAUAAUUGGAUGUAGUAAUUUUCGCUGUGCCUCCGUGGGAGGUCUGGUUUACUGUGUACAGCGACUGCUGGUACUUAACUCUGUCAUGGAGAACGUCUCACAAUCUUUGGUGGGAAGUUUUGGGGUUUUAUUGGUUGCAAAGCGUAAUGAGAUCUUGGCAAGUGAAUCAUUUUAAAUCUGGUCAGUAUAUAUUUAAAGGAACAAACCGUAAUAAUAAAUGUGAGCGUGAGAGUGUGUGAAAUGGGCACAGGAGUAUUAUUUUCAAACACUGCAUAGACAAAAAGCUCACGUGGGUUGCCAGAUUGACGAAGACAAAGCGCAGUGAGUCUUAAUUUGUAGCUGAUCAUUGAUUAUAUACUGUACAUUUCAAUGUAAAAAAAGGUGGUAAUAGUGGUGGUGGUGGUGGUAAUUUACUCAGCUAUGGUUAGCAAACCUUACUGAAGCCUAGUGAUUACCUGUUCAGCAGGCUUAAUGCCAUGGCUGCAGCAAUGGCUAUUUGCAUACUAUUGUCUAUACCUGGUAACCUAGGGACUGAUCAGUGGUUGACAGGUUAAAAUAAGAAUAUACUUACCAUACAUACAUACAUACCAGCUAUCUAUGCUUUCACUCAUUCAUCCUGGUCAUGUUAUAUGUUACUACAGAAAACAAAAACAUAAUCCUUAAUGGUCCUUUAAUAUGUGUCAUGAUAAAAUUAUAUGGAAAGUAUUACAUGGCAAAUCUUCCUCAUUUUCAAUGGAAGUUCACAGAAAAAUGUUAAUUCGAAAAAUUGGUCAUGAUAUUGUGACCAUAUAUACACACAACGACUGCAGAUUUACAUUACAGUCGUAGAUUUCAUUUAAGUUAUUUAAAAUCACAUUGUUUGUGAUGCAUUGGUCCUAGAAACCACUUCUUGCUUCUUGGAACAUUAGAAAGGUUCUUUAGGAAGAGUCAGAGAGAGUCAGUGCAGUGUUUUCCCAGAAAACCUUACAGCAUUUCAUGCUUCCUGCUGCUGAUUUUUAACUUUUAUGGAGAUACAGAUUUCAUUUUCCAGCAGGAUUUGGCACACUGCCCACACGGCCCAAAGUACCAAUUUGUCUUAUAUAAUAUUGAACUUUUCUGAGGCACAGUUUUUUGAAUUAUUGUUGGCUGUAAGCCAUAAUCAACAAUAAAAUAAAUAAACGCUUUAAAAUAGAUUGAAUAAAAUAACGUUUCCAUGCUAUUUAAAUUUUUUAAGAUACACUAGAAUAUUUUGCUUUAGUGUCAUAAUAAUAAAACCACCAAAUUUGAUGCAUUAUAUCAAAAAGUAUACAAAAAAGGCCAACAUGCAGAUACGUGACAUAAGUUUUCUCUUGUCCACAAUGCGAUAUUGACUAUAUUUAAGGUUUAUUCUCUUGCCAAGAGCUGUGGAGCUUCAUUUCCUUAGCUCUAACAGUGGAGUUCACAUCUUCUCCACAGCUUCUAAAAUGCAGAACCCCUGAGUAUAUAAUACAUAUAUAGGAGUGUAUAAAGCAGCUGUGCUUCAUAUACAAUUUCCAAUGCGCUGUCACUGACAGCACUAACCUGCUGCAAGUCAGGGAGCUUUAGGCUCUCUCUCCCACACAGAUCUCAUUGUGAUGCAGAUUUCUGAUAAUGUAAGCACAGCUGGGUCUGUCAUGGACGGUGUAGUUUGUAAUGUAGCGACAGAAGACGACUAGACGACUGUUAAUAGACGUCGCUGUGGUUGUUUAAGAUGUCAUUUAAAAAAAAUGUAAUUUGUGAGCUAGUUGUUGAUUUAUACAGUGUUUGUCACACUGAAUGUUAUGUUUUUUGUCCCAAACUGUCCCUUUGCAGCCUCCGAUUAACGACGAAGGUAUUAAUUAAUGUCUUAAGAAUAGAUCUGCUGACCUACUGACGAUGAUGUGUAAAGCCUAAGGUUUAAGAUGAUGUUGUUUAAAUGUUAGUUUAAUUUUUUUUUUAUUUUUUUUUUUUGGAAUUUGUGUUGACGUCAGGCUCAUUCUGGGCCUAACCGGCCUUAAGAUGUUUAAUUUUGUGUAUGUUUUGAAUCACGUGUCACGUUUCGGGCCCUGUAGCACUCUGUACAUUCCAGACAAUGUUUUUUUUUUUUUUUUUGGGAGAAUCUUGUUAAUGGCAGUAUUCUACCUCUCUAAAAUCUACAGAUGACAGCUGUAAAGUACUCCCUGACAUAUUAUACAGUAUAUAGAUAUAAAUAUAUAUAUAUAUUUUUGGAGCAGUAUAUAAAGAUCAUUUAACUAUGGUAGCGUAUGUAGAUCAGUAUUUUGCCUCUCCUGAGCUCAUACAGAGAGCAUGGGCGAGGCGAAGAGCAAAAAAAAACAAAAAAACAACUGUAAAACUGAACAUGUUUUAAAAGGAAGGAACAAAAUAAAGACUAAUUUUUGACACUCUAA